AUGAAACUGUAUUGUUUAAGUAGCGACGCGGCAAAGCCAUGCUUCGUGCUGUCGUUCAAGGAGCUGUUGAUCAUGUUAGACUGCGGCCUGUCAGCGCACUCCGUGCUGAACUUCCUUCCCCUGCCCCCAGUGCCCAGUACAAGACUCGCCUCGCUGCCCAACUACACUCCGCCACAUGUCAACGACCCUCUACUAGAAGGGGAACUUAAGGAAUGCUGCGGUCGUGUGUUUGUGGACAGUGUACCAGAGUUCUGUCCUCCCCUCGACAAGGUGGUGGACUUCUCUCAGCUGGACGUCAUCCUAAUAUCCAACUACACCUGUAUGAUGGCUCUGCCCUUCAUAACCGAAGACACGGGGUUUAAAGGACAAGUGUACGCCACCGAGCCCACUCUCCAGAUAGGCAGGUUCUACCUCGAGGAGCUGUCGGAGUGGGUGUCGGGGAGCGGCGGCGGCGCGGGCGCGGCCAAGAGGUGGAAGGAGCUCGUGCACCUGUUACCGCCGCCGCUGGCCUCCGCGCUCCGGCCGCGAGCCUGGCGCCGGCUGUUCUCGCCCGCGGCCCUGGCGCGCGCUCUGUCGCGGGUCCGCGUCGUGGGGUACGACGAGCGGGUGGACAUCUACGGCGCGCUGGACGCCACCGCCGUCAGCUCGGGGUUCUGCCUCGGCUCCGCGAACUGGGUGCUGCGCUCGGCGCACGAGAAGGUGGCCUACGUGAGCGGCUCGAGCACGCUGACCACCCACCCGCGCCCCAUCAACCAGGCGGCCCUGCGCGGCGCCGACCUGCUGGUGCUGGCCGCCCUCACGCAGACGCCGGCGCACAACCCCGACCACAUGCUGGGCGACCUGUGCGUGCACGCCACGGUCACGCUGCGGGCGGCUGGCUCUGUGCUGUGCCCCGUGUACCCGAGCGGCGUGCUGUACGACCUGCUGGAGUGUCUGUCGGCGCACCUGGAGGGCGCGGGGCUGGCGCACGUGCCGCUGUACGUGGUGUCGCCGGUGGCCGACUCGUCCCUGGCCUACAGUAACAUCCUCGCGGAGUGGGUGUCGGUGGGCAAGCAGGCGCGCGUGUACCUGCCCGAGGAGCCGUUCCCGCACGCGGCGCUGGUCCGCGCCGGCCGCCUCAAGCACGCGCGCUCCCUGCACGACGACGCCUUCAGUGCGGACUUCCGUCAACCGUGCGUCGUGUUCUGCGGCCACCCGAGCCUUCGUUUCGGAGCGGCCGUCCACCUCGUGGAGCUGUGGGCCAACAACCCCGCGCACGCCAUCAUAUUCACCGAGCCGGACUUCCCUCACGCCGAGGCGCUCGCCCCCUUCCAGCCGCUCAGCAUGAAGGCCUUCCACUGUCCGAUCGACACGUCGCUCAACUACUCGCAGGCCAACAAGCUGGUGCGCGAGCUGCGGCCGCGCGAGCUGGCCCUGCCCGAGCAGUACGCGGCCGCCGCGGGGGGUGGCGGAGGGGGCGCACGGCCGCACAUCGGCGCCGACGUGCCCACCGUGGUGGUCCGGCGUGGCGCGGCGCGCUCGCUAGGCGUGCGGCGGCGGGCGGCGCGCGCCACUCUCUGCGGGUCGCUGGCCGCGCGCGCCUCGCCCCGCGAGCUCCGCGCCGGGCUGCGCGCCGCGCCCCUGACGGCCGCCCUGCGCGUGCGUGACGCGCGCCUCGAGCUGGUGUCCCCGGCGGCGUGCGGAGCGCCCGGCGCGGACCCGGCCCCGGCGCCCGUGCUUCACUGGAGCGCGCUGGACGUGGAGGCGCUGGUGCGGGCGCUAGCGCGGGAAGGCGUGUCGGAGGCGCGCGUGGAGGCGGGCGCGGACGGCUGCAUCGUGCACCUCCCGCGGCACGACACGCUGCUGCACGUGGAGCGCCACGCCACACACGUGUUCUGUGAGGGCCGCGCGGACGUGCGCCAGGCGCUGAGGCGGGCGCUGGCCGCGUGUCUGCCGCACAUAUAA